GCCCUCAUCCGCGGACCCCGGUCGGGCGAGUCCGGAGUCGGAUCCCAGCGCGGUGCAGCGCGCACUCCCUGGCCGACGACCGCGAUGGCGUCACGGCUGCCACUGCUCUGUCUCUGUGUCGCCGCCGCCCACCUGGCGGGGGCCCGAGAUGCUCAGGAGCGGCGCGCGCUGCACCCCAGCCAGCCCUCGCCGGCCCUGGAGGACUGGGAAGAGCCCAGCGAGUGGACGUCCUGGUUCAACGUGGACCACCCGGGUGGAGACGGCGACUUCGAGAGCCUGGCCGCCAUCCGCUUCUACUAUGGGCCCGCACGCGUGUGCCCGCGGCCGCUGGCGCUGGAGGCGCGCACCACGGACUGGGCGCUGCCGUCGGCGGUGGGCGAGCGCGUGCACCUGAACCCCGCGCGCGGCUUCUGGUGCCUCAACCGCGAGCAGCCGCGCGGCCGCCGCUGCUCCAACUACCACGUGCGCUUCCGCUGCCCGCUGGGAUGCAGCCCCGACACCUGUGGGUGCCCUGACCACAUCCUCCUGGGAUCUGUGGUCACCUCAUCCGGGCGACCGCUGUCAGGAGCCAGGGUCUCCCUGCGGGCCCGGCCUGGCACCGUAGCCACCAGCGAUGCUCACGGGGCCUUCCAGGUGCCUGGGGUCUGUGCCAGUGGCCGGGCCAGCGUGAGUGCCCAGGUGGACGGCUUCUCCCCGGGUGCAGCCCAGGCUCGGGCCAGCAGCUCCAACUCCUCGGCGGUCACCAUUGUCCUCCAUAAACUGAGGAAGCCCUACCUGGUGAAGCACCCCCAGUCCCGUGUGCGAGAGGCUGGACACAACGUGACCUUCUGCUGCAAAGCUGGGGGGAACCCUGUGCCCAAGAAGUACUCGUGGUUCCACAACGGGACGCUGCUGGACAGGCGGGAGCAUGGGUCUGGCGCCCACCUGGAGCUCCGCGGGCUGCGCGCCGAGCAGGCGGGUGUCUACCACUGCAAGGCGUGGAGCAAGGCGGGCACCGUGCGCUCCGGCCCCGCCCAGCUCACAGUGCUGGCCCCGGAACAGCCAGCGUGUGACCCCCAGCCGCAAGAGCACCUCAUCAAACUCCCCGAAGACUGCAGCAGGCCGGGUGACAGCGGCCCCACCUACCUGGACGUGGGUCUCUGCCCGGACACCCCCUGCCCGGGCCCCCUGGGCUCCGGUGCCCGCUGUGGGGACCUGGGCUCGCGCUGCUGCGCCGUGCGCCGCCUAGAGAGCCGGGAGAUCCGCUGCGCCGGCUACGUCCUGCCGGUGAAGGUGGUGGCCGAGUGUGGCUGCCGGAAGUGCCUGCCCCCGCGGGGGCUGGUCCGGGGCCGCGUGGCGGCUGCGGACUCCGGGGAGCCCCUGAGCUUUGCCAGGAUCCUCCUGGGCCCGGAGUCCAUCGGCUUCACCUCCUACCAGGGCGACUUCACCAUCGAGGUGCCGCCCUCCAAGGAGCGGCUGGUGGUGACGUUCGUGGACCCCCGCGGCGAGUUUGUGGACACGGUCAGGGUGCUGCCUUUUGACCCCCGAGGCGCAGGCGUGUACCACGAGGUCAAGGCCAUGCGGAAGGCGGCGGCUGUCCUGUUGGACACCAGCCAGAGCAACACGAUCCCCCUCGGGAGCCUCGAGGAAGAGGCACCCAUUGCGGAGCUGGUGCUGCCCCCUGGGUCCGUCCGGGCCACGGAUGGCAGCCCCUACGUCGGGACCGUGGAGGCCCGGGUGACUUUCGUGGACCCGAGAGACCUGGCUUCCGCCGCGGCGGCCCCCAGCGACCUGCGCUUCGUGGACAGCAGUGGUGAGCUGGCCCCACUGCGCACCUACGGGAUGUUCUCCGUGGACCUGCGUGCGCCGGGCUCCGCAGAGCAGCUGCACACAGGGCCCGUGGCUGUGCGCGUGGCUGCGGACCAGAUCCGCAUGGCUGGCCAUGCCGAGGCGCUCCGGCUGUGGUCGCUGGAGCCCGAGACCGGCCUGUGGGAGGAGGAGAGCCGCUUCAGGCGCCAGGGCCCCCCCGGCCCCCGCGUGCGCCGCGAGGAGCGCGUGUUCCUGGCCGGCAACGUGGAGGUCCGCGAGCGGCGUCUCUUCAACCUGGACGUGCCCGAGCGCCGCCGCUGCUUUGUGAAGGUCCGAGCCUUCGCCAACGACAAGUUCACGGCCAGCGAGCAAGUGGAGGGCGUCGUGGUGACGCUGGUGAACCUGGAGCCUGCGCCCGGCUUCUCCGCCAACCCGCGCGCCUGGGGCCGCUUUGACAGCGCGGUCACCGGGCCGAAUGGCGCCUGCCUCCCGGCCUUCUGUGACCAGGACCGGCCCGAUGCCUACACGGCGCUGGUCACCGCUACCCUGGGCGGCGAGGAGCUGGAGCCCGCGCCCUCGCGCCCCCGGCCGCUCCCGGCCUCUGUGGGGGUCACGCAGCCCUACCUGGACCGGCUGGGCUACCGGCGCACCGACCACGAGGACCCGGCCUUCAAACGCACCGGCUUCCGCAUCAACCUGGCCAAGCCCAGGCCCGGGGACCCCAGCGAGGCCCACGGGCCUGUGUACCCGUGGCGCAGCCUGCGUGAGUGCCAGGACGCACCGAUCACCGCCAGCCACUUCCGCUUCUCACGUGUGGAGUCAGACAAGUACGAGUACAACGUGGUCCCCUUCAGGGAGGGCGUGCCCGCCUCCUGGACGGGCGACCUCCUGUCCUGGUGGCCCAACCCCCAGGAGUUCCGGGCCUGCUAUCUCAAGGUGAAGGUCCAGGGCCCCCAGGAGGUGGUGGUGCGGUCCCACAACGCGGGGGGCAGCCACCCCCGCACCCAGGGGCAGCUCUAUGGCCUGCGGGACGCCCGCAGUGUGCGCGACCCCCAGCACACCAACACCUCGGCCGCCUGCGUGGAGUUCAAGUGUGGCGGCAUGCUGUUCGACCAGCGGCAGGUGGACAGGACGCUGGUGACCGUCACCCCCCAGGGCAGCUGCCGCCGUGUGGCCGUCAACAGGCUCCUGCAGGACUACCUGGAGCGGCACCCCCCGCCCGCGCCCACCGAUGACCCGGCCGCCUUUGCCAUGCUGGCGCCCCUGGACCCCCUGGGUCACAACUACGGCGUCUACACGGUCACGGACCAGAGCCCAAGGCUGGCCAAGGAGAUUGCCAUCGGCCGCUGUUUCGACGGCUCGUCCGACGGCUUCUCCAGGGAGAUGAGGUCCGACGCGGGCACAGCUGUCACCUUCCAGUGCCGCGAGCCGCCGUCCAGGCCCAGCCUCUUCCAGAGGCUGCUGGAGUCCCCGGCGGCGGCGCUGGACGACAUCCGCAGGGAGAUGGGCCGGGGGGCCCGGCCCCCGAGGGCCCCCCGCACGCGCCGGGGCCAGUGACGCGGGCCGUGAGCUCGCUGCCCAGCUCUGUCCCCGGUAAGUCCCCUCCCCUCCCCCAGAGGUCCCCUCCCCGAUCUUCGGGGGCCCCUGCCCAGAGCUAAGAGUCAAGGCAAAACGUGGGCACAUAGGAUGGCAGACCUGGCGGGCAGGCGACGCUGCCGUGUGACCGGAAGUGAAGUUUGCCUGGAGGAGGUGGAGCUAGCACCGUGCCAGGGACAGCUGUCCGGGGGCCCGGGCACCUGCCCUGCUCACCACUGAGGCAGCCUCUGUCGCAGUGUCUCCACCUGGAUUCCGGGUCCUUGGCCCAAGCUUUGUUCUGCGGUUAUUUAUUGAAAUAAAGCCGGGGGCCGGUUGUGGGGUGCGUGGGGUCCAGGCUGGGCGCCGUGAGAGAGGAGAGCGUUUCCCUGAGUCCCCAUGCUGGUGCAGCUGUGCAGCUGGGAGUUCCUGUGUUUCGUGCCUGGAGACCCUGGGGUGUCAGGGCGGGGCUGGGGGGCUCAAUUAAAGAUGCUUG